AUGCCCCCUCCCCAUCAUCAGGCGCCACCAGGCUUUGCUCCGCACCAAUAUCCGCAUCAAAUCUAUCCACCUGGUCCUGGACCUGUAGUUCAUCAACAUCCUCAGGAGCUGCUGCAACCUCAACGAAAUCCUGCUGCGCGUGAACAACGUGGUGAACGUGAACAUCAAGAACUACAUCAAGCAGAAGUAGACAAAGCUAGACUUCAACAUCAAGAACACGACAACCCUGCUCAACCUCUGCAACAGCAUGUUGAACAACGAGAUCAUUCUCCAGAAGACCAAGUCGAAGUCCCACCACCCGCACCCCCAGAGCAUGAAGGCCUCCUUACUUCAACUAGCUCCAUUUCCAGUGUUAUGGACAAGAACAUUUAGACUUAGAUGAAUCGCGUCCAUCUUUCUCGGCAUCUUGAUCCCCUAUAUAUUUCUCUCGUAUUUUAUAAUUAUAGGAAACGGGUCUGGGUCAAGAUGAACAUGAAGAGGGGACCGAGAUGGACGAUAAUAGCUGACUCUAACAGUGUGCCGCCACCACCACCCUUACCCGUCCCUAACCAGGAAAAUGUACUCCGUAAAGCAAAACCAGAGAUACAAGAAGGACUAACAUUAAGGCAACGCAGGAUGCAUCCUCAACUUGGCUUGUAGUUUUCAGACAAGUGUCUGAGAAGAUUAUAAUUCUCUAGAGUUACUGUUACUCGCUUAUAAUUUCAGUUUUUCGAAUACAGGAAAAGAGGCUAAGGAUUGAUGCUGCCAGAGUAUUCUUAUUGAUUCAUCUUGUUCCUGUACUAGCCUUAGAAGUUUGAUGUCUUUCUGCCUCUUCCUUGUUUCAGUUAUUUUCCUCUUCAGAUUGUAGUUCUAAGACUACCCAUCUACUGACGCAGAAAAUCUUCAAAAUGAAUUAUUUAAUGUGAGCUUCGCCUUCCCCUUCGCUAAUAACAGCAAUGUACGGCUCUGAUGUGCUUAAAGACCGUCCUGGGACAGCUGCGUCGGAACCGGCAACGGGCUCCAUUACCACGGCUGGCGUGACUCCUGGCGACAGCGUAAAACCCGGACAAGCUGACGAAGACGGCAAAGAUGAAGUUCCAUUUUCAACGAAUGAUUAUGAGAAAGGGGAAUAUGUCAAUGUCAUAUUCUAUAAAUAUGAAGGAUUUGGUUGCGAUAUUAAGUAGUCAGAACGAAAUUGUUGAUCCACAACUACAUCCGGCGGCAGGACUCAUCUUUGUCAUUAGAAUUAAGUAGUCAAUUUCAGACCCAGAGCGUGAUCAUGAUACGGGAAAUGAAUGGGCACCCCCCCCCUCAUUGUUACAAUGAAAGUGAGCAAUUUAAAUUCCUUAAAUCCUGCCUCUCUGACCUUCGUUCAUUUCUAAACUGCGGGCAAGAAGUACACCUAUGGCAACAUGCUCAUUGAUACUGGUUCUGACGACGAGCACGCUGGAGCACGACCUGGAGUGUCAAUGCGUCAUGUCCCACCGCCUCAGGCGUCUCUAGAGCAGCGAGAUAGGGAAGGACCGGGUCGUAGGGACCACGGACACCAGCAAAAUCAGCGUGAAGGACCUUCACAUCGUGAGCGCCAUCAGCAGGAGCCACGAGAACAGCAUCAAAGAGGAAGAGGAGGUCAACAUCCUCACGACUACAGCACUGGGGACGAUAGGGAACAAGAACAUCCAAGGAGUCACCGAGAGCGAGAACAACAUCACAAUCAACACGAGCAGCGUGGUCAGCGAGACCAAAAUGACCGUGGUCAGCAGGUCCCACCAGGUAGUGCCACUAGUUCUACGAAUUCAUCGAAGACAGCGGUAGAACAGACACCAGGACGCGGAAAGAAGGAUGAUAUUGAAUGGGGCAUGACGUGGGAAGAAUCGACACCAAGACUCGUCGCGACAGAUCAUCGCGGAAAGCAAGGAGGGAAGUUACGAACAUGUGAUAUUUGAAGAUGAAGCAUAAGUUGUAGGUAAUCUAGGACGUCGAUGAUAUUUGAUGAUGAAGCAUAAGUUGGAGGUAAUGUAGGUCCUAGGACGAUGAAAGGAGGUGGAUGUUGCGAAAACAUCAUGAUGAUCACCAUGCUCAUGAUGUCCAGCAUAGUGCAGCUCGACGUUUAUCAUCUCCUUAUGGAUUAUUGCUGUUGCGCAUGUACUUCUUAGCAAUGUGCUGCGUGACUUAGAAAAAAUAUUGAAUCAGAGUGUGUAUCUACUUCCUAUUUAUUUCAUACCUUGUAAGUCGUGUAACCACGUCUACCAUCCAUACAUGCUCUAAAACAAGCAGGGAAAUCCGGCAAGAACCACAAGGGCCACAAAGGGCAGAAGGGACAUCGUGAGGUUUUAGAGGAUCUCCCUGAACAUGGGAGCAAAGGCACGCACCAUCAGCAUGUGCCUCCACAUCUCCUAGCCAAAGAUCAGCAGAGCUUUCAACGUCUCCUAAAGCAAGGACCAUCCUCGCGCUCACCGUCACCAAGAAGUGGUAUGGCUAGAAACUAUUUGAUUUCUAUUGUAUUCAGUAUUCUACUGUAGGACUAGGACAAGUUGUAAGUAGCUUUUCCUUUUACUUUGCUUACCAAUUACGGAGGACUUGUCUUCUCCCUUGUUUUCAAUUUAAGUAUGGGUCACUCAGGCCCUGCUCUAAGCUUCAAGAAAACGGCAAGGCGCGUCGUCAGAAGACCAGGUCCAGUUCCAACAACCUGAUUGACACGUUGAAACGUGAGAGACGUGAUUCAGGCGCUGGCUUUUUCGCGAACUCUGGGAAAAACACUUUACCCGAGUUCUGGGAGUACGCUAACGACGCGGGAAAAGUCUUUGGUCCCUAUACAAGAGAACAGAUGCUUUCGUUUCUGCCUAAGAUUCCGAAAAGCGUGGCCGUGAGACGGUGUGGAGAUAGAUUUUUCAAACGGUUGCAGGAAUGGACGGAGUUUUAUCCUGGUGGUAAAAGUAGUGGAGGUAGUAGUAGUAGUAGUGGUCGUAGUAGCACUGCGGCUUCCUCUAGUGCCGCUAGCUCUUCUGUUGAAAAUGAGAAGCAGCACGCAUUUGACAAGCACAAGGCAACAACAAACAAGCGUGCUGCUUCUUCCUCCUCUUCCGCCAACCUAUUCCAAAAACUGCAGAUCGGAUGUCAGAGGGCAUUGAAGGACCCCACGCAGCCAUCACGCGUGGGACUAAAACCAGAUGAAACGGAUGUGGCGAAGCACAUGUCCAACUACUAUUCAGCGCUUUUGCAGAGCCUCGAUUUGGGCUACUUUGUCUCGGUCGUGGAGGAAGAUUAUGGCUAGAAUUCUUUGUUUUAAGCAGUUUAUCCAACUACAAGUAUAAGUAGCAGUAGGAGUACAACUACUUUUAUUACGUCUACUUAGUUCUAGUACAUGUACAACUUUUAUUUCGUCCACUUAGUUCUCCCUUCUAGUAGAUAUUCGUAUGGAGCUCGAGCUCUGCGUUAGCCGCCGGGCGCAUCCUGUUGUUAUAUAGCGUUUACCUUCUGCUCCUCGUCCAAGUUUUGUGACGAAAAAUAAAUCUGACUCCUUCUGUUCCUCCAAGUUGUCCAAGGAAAAAUAAAUCUGACUGCUCUAAGAGGAAGGGCAAAAAUGGGAAGCAAGAUGGAUCAACCCGCUUUCGAUCCAUUUUUCGCAACGCGAUAUCCACCCUUUCUUCCACGCUAGAGGGCCGGUGGAAGAGGUGAUUCCUCAAGUAUGGAGUGAGGAAGUCUCCCUUGCAAAUGGUGGUGGUCGCCCUACCGGUAUCUGCUCGUGGAACCAACAGGCCUACUGGAACUGUCCCCCUCACCUAGUCUCUACGUUGCUCCAAAGAGGAGCACACGAGCAUGUGAUUGUCAGUCAAAAUCUCAUCGCGAAUACCAAAGCAGCACCUUUGGCGAGUCCGGUUCCAAGUGCAAGAAGCUCAGUUACAGGAACGAAGAUAACCAAUAGUACUUGUUCUAGGAAUGUGGUACAACUAGACCAAGAGGCCCCACCAGCGCUUGGGCCUGCUCCCUCAACAGGAACACCUCCACCAGGAGGCUCAUCUCAUUUAGUCUUACCCACAGUAGUGGGAAGCGAGGAUCCUUCGCUCCUCUUAGAUCAUCAGAGUUUGCAGCACAUGGCACGAAACUGGGAUGGGGAACGUGGCAUUCCGAAUUCCGUCCAUUUACUCCAUGCUCCCUUCCCGAAUAUCAGGGUGUUGAUCACGGAAGGAAAACUAGUUACCAUCGACAAUCGCCGUCUGUACGCGUUACAACGAGUCGCAGUCAACUACUGGCCUAGGAGAUGUUUGGUACAAGUCCUAGUUGCUCCGAUCGAGUCCAUUCCCGAACGCAAACUGGCAAAAGAAGCGCCAAAAUUCACGCAUGGAGCAGCAGGCAAAUAUGACGGUGGCAGAUGGGCUAACAUAUCCAGCGGUCGCACGGUCGCGACGGCCUCUUCAGUAACUGGAACAGGCACAGCAUCAACUGCAACUUCUGAUGGAAAUUCCAACACUAAUGAAAGUUCUGGAACAUCAGCCUCCGCGGUUGCUUCUUCCUCUUCAACUAAAACCACGACAACUGGCGGGGGAGCCGGAGGAGGCGGUGGAGGUGAUCAACAACAGCCGACGCAAGUGGUUGGAACAGGAGACACAACAAAUUGGGAGACCUUUGAUUGGAUUUUAGAGGUCAAAAAAAAAGAAGCUCUCCUAGUUCUGAGAAACUUGACGUUUCCUGAUGUCGGGAACCGUGAGAUCGUAGCCCACCACAAGGGAGCUUUUUCCCUCAGUCCGAUGAUUGCUUUGGCCCUCUUCCGCUACUACACCAACAGUUUUCUAGGAUUGGAGACGUCGUCCCCACUAUGCAGUCGUGUCGAGAAGGAUCAGAGAAGUCUCUUAGACUUCCUCCAUCAAGAUCCUAGUGGCAGACGCGUGGCUGCGGAAAUGCACCGCUCUCUUCCGCCACCAGUUCGCACCUUCCGCCAUGCGUUUGCUGCUCUUGCCACCUUCUACUACGAACAUUUCCAAAAACCUGCUGGAAUACCUACGUCCGCGAUUGGGAAAUACGUAUCAGAUUUACUUAUACUAUACUGCUGUUGAUUUUCAUUGUCGACCGUCUUUUUAUUUGCUCCUCUUCUUGAAGUUGAAAGAACUGCACCACAAUUUUUUCAGGAACAAGUUCAAUGUCAGUAUACUGAGUUUGGUGUUUUCGUCCUCGUCGUCCUAGGGUGGAUAUUAUCAACUAAUACAUUAUAUUUCCCUUUCCCAUGCCUAUCACUGUCACUAUCUACCCCGACACCUCCUGGCUCUUGCUUUACCACAGGAUCCUUCUCCAGUUCUGGACUUUUUCGGCCAACGUUGGCUGAAGAGGCGGCAUCAGUUGUGCGAUUUCAAGAUUGCGGUAUCGUCCGCUGGACGUUGUUUUGAGUUGGGUGCCUUCAAAGCUCUACACCUCAAGCCGGAUCAAAGGGCGAAGAAAGAAGACAAAGCGGAUCUUGCGGUUUGGGCGGACUUGUGCGAUUCAGCGGAUAGAAAAUCCAAGAGCGAAAAUUAAGGAGAUUCGAAGUAUUGAAAUUAUAGGCGAUUUUUUUACUGGGAGGUGCUUUGCAUAUGAAAAUAUGAAACCCCUAAAAAUUGUUAAAAAUGGUGGAUUUACAGACCGUCACUAUGUCCGCCCCUUGCUUCAUAUUUCUGCAUUACAAGCACCUUCCCCCCGUAGAAGCUAUACCUCUUUGCGCUCCUCCCCUUCUUCUCAUCCGCCGGAGAAUAAUGCGGCUGCGGAAGACGCGGUAGGCAUGACGCUGGUCGUCUGUACUUUUCAUUCUGCUGCGCUGGUGCGCUCAGUAGACACGCAAUGCCUACAAUAGCAGGAGUGUGCGUUCUAUGUGUACGCAACGCGCUGCUGCUGGCUGGGACUGGCGGCGGAAGUGGACUUGGACAGGUAUGCUUUAUUUUUUGCUUUCAUGUAGAACCUUCUUUGAUACACUUUCGCCCUGCAGUUGGAUAAGUAUACUAUAGAUAUGUUUAUAAGAGUAUGAACUUCCGGUUCCGCAGCGGAUGACGAUGCAAUGGCGCGCCCAGGUGCCCACUGAUUGCCGCGCUAUCUGCGACAAGCGUUGCGGGUAAGUAGACCUCUCGGGGGACUUCGGGCUCUCUGAAAAAAUCGCCCCACCACGCGUGGUGGGUGGAUUUCGUGUUGGCGCAGUGCGCUUCUAGGUCGGCUCAGUGGCAGGCGGAACACUCGGUGACGUUCGUGAUCCUCGAGAAAUCCACCCACCACGCUUGGCGGGUGGAUUCUGGAAUUCCAGAUUGCGCUUUCCGGUCGGCUUGGUAGCAGUUGGAAUUCUCGGGGACCUUCGUGGUCCCCAAGAAAUCCAGCCACCGAGCUCUUUGGGUGGAUUUUGGGAUGGCAAAUUGCGCUUUUCGGUCGGCUUGGUAGCAGGUGGAAUUCUCGGGGACCUGCGUGCUCCCCGAGAAAUCCACCCACCAAGCUUGGCGGGUGGAUUUUGGGAUGUCAGAUUGCGCUUCUCGGUCGGCUUGGUUGCAGGUGGAAUUUUCGGGGGCCUUCGUGUUCCCCGAGAAUUCCACCAACCCAUCGACCGAGCGUGGUGGGUGGAUUUUGGGACUUCAGACUGUGCUUUUGGUUCUUGGUGGGUGGAUUCUCGGACAGCCAGUGGCUUCCUGAGGUCCACGGACAUCGUCUUUUUGUAUCGUCUUCCAGAGAGUAGCCGGCCUCAGAAGUUGUAGAGACGCAGUUGCAUUUUUCUGUUCUAUUUCUUUGAGCUUUUUUGUUUCAGAAAUCAACAUCCUCUAGUUAUCGCUAGAUUUAGAUUUACAUUAGUUGCUUUCCUUCGUUUGCGGGUUUUUUCAUCGAAGAUUUUAGGAUGGAGAGGAAGAGAGAUCGACUACUUCAGCGAGAGAUGCUUUAGGACGAUUCUUUGUCAGAGUGCUUGCGUUUUUUGUCAUGAGAAGUAAGAGAGCCAAACGCUUUACUUUUUUUAGUUUUGUUUUGUGCAAUCAUGAGCUAGACUUGCUUCUUUUUGUUGCUUCGAUGAGUUUGCUUUCGUAGUUGUAGGUAGAAUCUUGGUCGAGCUGUAUUUCUAUAUUCUUGCUGAGUUACACUUCCUGCCAUCAUGCGAACGCACUGAUGAUCGUGCCCAAUUCCUUACACCCAGGUCAAUAUCGAUCGGACCCAGACGGCCGCGUGACUGAGAUCCUUUCGGCUAUCCCUCGUUUCGAGGCCGUUUACAAAGGUCGACUGCUGUCCAAGCAUCCAGCCGCCGCCGUCUUCUGCUGUUACCGGUUCUCAUGCGCUACACUGUAGGGUAUGUUGGGUGUUCCGCAGCGAUCCCAGCGACCCGGUGCGGCCGUGGGGCUGAUGCUUGGGCCCCUACCAGCUGGCCGCCACAACCCCAAUAGUCGGAUAUUUAGUGAGCUUUGCUUUGUAGCCACAAUAUCUACCACCAUUUGUGGCAUGAUUAUAGAUAUGAAAAAUUCGGGGGGCAAAGCGCCAGCCAUUUUAGUUUUUCGAAUAGGAAUAGUCAACCACGGAAGAUGAUGAAAGACUAGUUCUGGUGCGCGACUAGUCGACCGGGGAACCUUGGGGGCCGGACUUUAACAAGGACGAAGGACGCAUGUUGUAGUAGGUUUGUGCUCUACACAGCCUCGAUCAAACAGUUGUUCUAUCUAAGUUGAGUAGAGGAUUGUGUGUCUUCCUGAUAGUCUUACUAUUGCUUCGUAUGGUGCAGGCGCUGUGUAGCCUUGUCCACAUGCACUGUAUCCGAAACCUAACCCUGAUGAGAGACUACCGCUAAGAUUUGUCCACCCAAAUUCGCCAGCGUACGGGGUCUCUGGACAGCAUCGCGGAUCUGCAGCAUCAUUUCGAAGAUGUUGUCGCUGGGAUGGGCAAAGGCCGAUUAUUAGUGCACCAAAGUGGAACGUCAGAAGCCUUUCCGAAGAUGGAUGACCACCAAACAGUUGUUAUGAUUGAUAGACAGGAUUUGAGAUAGACAGUUCUUGGUAUGAUUACUCAACGUACGGGUUGGGGUCUUUAUAUAUCUGACCACAACUACUUAUUGUUUUUGGAAUUCGAUUUGGAUUUCCAGGUUGAUCCCCAUGAACUAACUCCUACCUCUGCUCUAAUGUUACCAGUGGUGGCGCGGUUUCUGACGACGAAGACGCAAGUGGAACUUUCGACGAUGACGAUCUUUUAGCCUUAGUUGAGUCUGGCUACUUCGAUUCCAUGCUGAAAAAAGUAAUAGAGGAAGGAGGCGGACUACAUCUACAGGAAGCGCAACAACUACAAGGUAACGACCUCCAACUACGUCAUGCUAAUGGUAAUGUUGCUGUUGAACAAGAGCAGUUCUUAGAUGCUGUUUUUGGAGGUUGUACCGAUGCAGAGCUAGAUGAGAAGAUUGCAGCUGAAUUAGAAGCAGAUCGUGCUAAACAGAACUCUCGAGAAGCAGGAGAACAGCCACCGGAUUACGACAACAUGUCCGACGAAGAAGAACUGCAAAUUGGCCGAAAGUACUACGCGCCUUUGCUUCCUGUUUUUACGGCUAAUAUCAACGUCCCGGAAGCAUCCUGCUCAAAGAAACGGAUAUCAUCCUUGGUCUCUUUUUCAAGGGUAAAAAGGCACCAGGGAUGCUCUCAGGGAUGCGAGCGCGGAAGCUCUAAUGUAUACGAGGCCUUAGGCAAGGUGGCGGAAUUGUUCAGGGUAAAGCAGUUCUACGACGUUUUCCUGAAUCGAAAGUGGGCCAUUCUGCAAGUCAAACUCUUGUUACAUUUGCUCACUUCCAACUUCAAGCUCCAGCACAAAAGCAAGAGCUCCUUGUCUUCUUUCGACAACAAGAACUCCGGAGACCUUUAUGGCGAGAUGAAAGAAGAUCUUACACUUACUAGUCGUACUUAUGAACAAUAUACGCGAGAACUACUACGAUACGGGCGUACAAGAACUACAAACUCGAAUAAUAGGUUGGGUAAACAGUAGACGCUUAGACUUCAGCUAGACUUCUCGAGAAGUUUGAACGGUGUAAACCUGAUUUUGGUUUUCAACUUCAUCUGCCGCUGCCCAGUAGCAGUAGUAGAAUCAGUUUCAGAAGUCUGGUAUCUUGUUAAGAUUGAGAAUGAGAAGUAAUGCUAUCCCACCCCGCUGUUCUACGUUCUACUUUCAUACCCUGGAUCCGAAUGCGAUUUUCGGCAUCCAUUUGAGAGACAUGCUCUACAAAAAGCGGAGGAAAGGUGCUGAAAUUGGCGUACGGUUCUCAAAAACGAGUCGAGC